AUGGCAAACUGGGCCUUAUGCAUGGCGGUGGUGCUGGCAGCACUGGCAGGGGCGUUGGGUGAGAGCCGCUAUGAGAAGUUCCUGCGGCAGCACGUGGACCACCCCCGGACGUCUGCGCUUGCGGCGCACCGCUACUGCGAGACCAUGCUGGCGCGCCGGCGAGUGACAGCCCCAGGGCGGCCCUGCAAGCCCUCCAACACCUUUGUGCACGCACCAUCUGAGGAGCUGGUCGCCGCCUGCACCCAGAUGCCAGACGCAGUGGGGUUCCACAGAGGAAAUUCCAGGCAUGAAAUACUGCUGGUGGCAUGA